UCUGUCAGUAAUCGCCACCACGUCAGUGAGGGGUGAGCCUGCCACUGCUACCUAGCAAAAAGUUACCUCGCUUCCCAUAAAACUGAGAUCCUGAUUGUUCUUAAAGUAUGGUCGUUGGAAGAACCAUGUAAUCGCGCAAUGAAAUCCGCAUGUUUGUAAAGGCCGUGAACGUUCCCCGCAGUUUGGGAUACCGUAAGAUCGUUGACAUUACCAGGGGUGAGGGAGUGUGGCCGCCUUCUGUCCGUCGUGUGCACCUGCAAGUUAUAGUUCCUGUACCGCGCCCGGGUCUGUCUCAGGUGUCAAAUGUGAGACGCCUAACGGAACUUGCUGGCCCCAUCUUGUCAAACCUUUCGGCACCCAAGUACACAUUUUUUGACAAGGCUUUCGUGGGUGUGUGAGGCAUUUCUAGGGAGAGUUUAAUGGCCCUAGUGGUACUGUGACCCUUCUUCUGUACCAUUAAUGUGAAAAGACACUCAUGAGAACCCGAUUAACCUCCUUUUCACUAAUACAUAGGUGACAUGAGAGGUGGAAGCGUGUGAGAAUACUGACCCUGGACACGUCACCCACGCUGUGUAGGAAGGGCGAGGAGGCACCGAGGAGGCGGCACACUUACAACAUCGAUGUGAACUGAUAUGAUCGUGGUCUCGCGGGAUGUGAUCAAAAGGCAGACAUGAUUUUAAGACGGCAAGUCCGAGGCAGAUUCUUAAUGUUCACCAAAAUCUGUAAGUUCAUCCCUGCCUAGACAUUCUUGGUGUUGUUUGAUCAGACAGGAACACUGCAUUACCCUUCCGCACCAAGGCUACGUCGGGGAUGACCUUGCAGCAGGGACGUUGAAGCAUCGGGGUGCAAUACAAGCAAAAAAGAAGGCUGAAGCGGCACCUCAGCAACUUCCCGUAAAUGACCUUGAGAACUCGGACGUUUUCCCAGCCCACAGCAUCGCCAAGGUAGUACUGUAGUGCCAGGUGGGGCUUGGAGCGGGGACCCGAGCGGCGAGGACCAGGAAGCAAGUGGUCGUCAUGUCUAGUGGGCGUGCGGGUGGGCGGCGGCGGGUGGGCGCGCAGGAGGUGCCCACCGCGGCAGCGAACGGCGUCGCCUCCCCCAGGCAGUACUCCCUGCACGACUUUGACAUCGUGAAGACUAUUGGCACGGGCACCUUCGGGAGGGUGUGUUUGUGCAGAGACAAAGUGACUUCACAAUACCUGGCCAUGAAGAUCCUCGCCAUCACUGACGUCAUCAGACUCAAGCAAGUGGAACACGUCAAGAACGAAAAGAACAUCCUCCUGCAGGUCACACACCCAUUCAUCAUUGACAUGUAUUGGCACCACAGCGACAAUCGCUUCUUGUACAUGCUGUUCGAGUAUGUGUGUGGCGGGGAGCUCUUUGCCUACCUCAGGAACGCCGGGAAGUUUCCUCUAUCAUCAGCAACAUUUUAUGCAUCAGAAAUUGUCAGUGCCCUGGAAUACCUUCACUCUCUCAACAUCGUGUACAGAGACUUGAAACCUGAAAACCUGCUCCUGGACAAGGAUGGUCACCUUAAAAUCACAGACUUUGGUUUUGCUAAGAAGUUAACUGACAGGACUUGGACAUUGUGUGGCACCCCAGAAUACCUCGCCCCUGAAAUCAUCCAGAGCAAGGGCCACAACAAGGCUGUGGACUGGUGGGCACUAGGUAUUCUCAUAUAUGAAAUGCUGGCUGGAUAUCCUCCAUUCUUUGAUGAAAACCCAUUUGCAAUAUAUGAGAAGAUCUUGAUGAGAAAAGUGGAGUGGCCUCGGCCAAGCUUAGACGCCACAGCCAAGGAUCUUCUUAACAAACUGCUUGCAAAGGACCGUACAAAGCGCUUCGGAAACAUGAAGAAUGGAGCUGAAGACGUAAAGCGACACAGAUUCUUCAAGAGUAUUGACUGGGAAGAUGUUUAUGAGAGAAAGCUGAAGCCACCCAUUGUACCCAGAGUGAGCUAUGAAGGAGACACAAGAAAUUUUGAUGACUACCCUGAGAACAACUGGCAGUCAACGCAAGGCGUCUCGGAAAUGGAGUUAGCCAUAUUCAAUGAUUUCUAGGUUCAUUUUUCAUGAGAGGAUGUAAGUCUAUUCAUUACUCAUUAUUUUUAUCAGCUACACAAAUUUCAUGGCAAAUGUACAUAGGCCAUAAUGAACUUCAUAUUUUCAUCUAAAAACAAAUGCAUGCUACUCAUGAAGGCUAGUAUACUGAAGUUGCACAGAAGUUAAGCAUGUGGGGUAAGAUAUUUAGUAUUUACAUAGAAGAAAUUAUAUUUUGUAAAUGAAUAAGUCACCUCCAUACAUGAUCUAAUGCUAGUCUAAAAGCAGCAAGCUUCUGACUGUUCUUGUCGAGUAAUUCCAUGUCUAAAGUUCCCCAAUAAUUUAUGAGGAUUUACAUAGAGCUUCACAUAAUAAUAGUCUGCAACUGUUUUCAGGUACAGUCACAGUGAGUCACCACAUUAGCAUUAUAUAAACAUAUUUGUGUUUGGAUACCUAAGUUGAAUAUUAUAAACUAUGAGUUCAGAACAAAUUAAUGACUGUUGCUUCAGACUUGGUAAAUUACAUAUGGAGCAGGGGCCGGGUGGCUUAGUGGGUAUGGGGCUUGGCUGGUGAUGGAGAGGUUGCAAAAUCAAUCCCAGCAGCUCAUGGCACCUUCUUAGUGAGAGAGGCAGCACUCUCUAGUAACCCUGGCAGAGCUACAUGGUCUUGGCUACCUACAUUGAUUCAGUCACUGUUUUACUUAUAAAGCAGAAAUUCCUUGAACAGAUUAUUAAUCCUUUGAUGUUGAUAAUAACCUAAGAGUGAAUUUCAAGUAGCAACAAGAAUUCUGAAGUACUGUAAAAACUAUGUACAGGUAUCCCUCAUAUAUCACAGUUUUGGAUAUCACAAAUCUCCUACAUAGCAGUGAUAUACAAAAGAAAAUAUAGGGUAUCUCAGAAAUUUUUCAUGCAUCGCUGGCCUGUGUUUUGAUUGGUGAUGCAUCACAGGGGUUUUGUGGUCCCAGUUGGGCAUGAUAUGGAAGGGAUAGGUGUAUACAGGAAGUGGAUCCUUGUCAUUUCUGAGGAUCAUGCCCAAACAAGAACUCACAAAUAGCAAAUUAAAAAUAACAUCUCAUGUGGUGUGAGGGAAGUAAAUUGUAUGGGUAAAAUAAAAUAACUACAUGCUUGAUUUAAUAAGGUUCCAUAAUUUCUUCUUACAAAUCUCCAUAUGUUCUUAAAUGAUUUAAUUUGGCAUGUGACACUUUCACCCAUUUUGAGAAUGUGGUCAAAUAUGGGUUGUGGAAGUAAACAUAAUCAUUUUAAGUUUCCUCCUGUCUCUCUUGUAGAGACAGGAGGAAAUUUUAAAUGAAUAUGCUUACCUCCACAACCUAUGUUUGACCACAUCUUCAGUAAUGCAGCAAAUGUAAUCACAGUCAGAACUGUGUCGUGGGAAGCACUUCAUUCAUAUAUGGCUGUUUAGUGGCUUAAAAUACCAUGCCAAAUUUGAAUCUCCCCACCUUUCUCCAUUUAUUUCUUAGCACUAUGGAAAAGUUGAGGAUUCCAUAUCAUGAAAUUUGCCCCAUUUUCUCCAUUUUUUCCUUACGGACUAUGGAGAAGUUUACGAUUGCAAAUCAUGAAAUCAUGAAUGGCAAGGACCCAUUGUUUACAGUAUAUUAUCAGAGACCAUUGAUAAGUUUAAGUUUUGAGCAGUCAGUCCUUUUACAGAGCAAGCUGAAAAGUGUCUGAUUUAUGAUAACUGGAGUUGGACAUCCAGUUAGACAUGUUAUGCAAUAAGAAAACAGUUUGACUCACGGUGAAAGUCUGACUUUUGUUUUUCUCACAAAGUAACUUAACACCUUUGUGAGGGAAACAUGGGUGAUGAGUUGUGCUGGUGCAACACACACACACACACACACACACACACACACACACACACACACACACACACACACACACACACAA